AUGUCCGGGACGAAGACUCCUCCCCGCACUCCAAAUAUGCAGCAACAUGCAGAGGUUGAUUCCAGGAGAAGUGUCUUCUGGGUCAGCAACGUUCACUGCUCUUCGUGCGUUGCCUAUGUCACCGAAAUUUUGUCCGAAAUCCCAACCGUCAGGGAUAUCGACGUGUCGAUCAUCACCCACGAGGUACGCGUUACCCAUGGCGUCUCUGUAUCGCCUGCAGACCUCGUCGUGGCUUUGAUACACGCUGCAUUUGAAGUGCAUCAUGUUACGACGUAUGAUGAACGCGCAGCCGUGAUAUCCGAACUCGACACCACUUCAUGGAACCAUCGUGGAUCAACGCUCUUUUCCACACCUCGAACCUCAUAUUCCAGCAUCUCAUCCAAUAUAAAAGACCGGCUGCACUCAAGCGGAGAGAAACGGCAUAUUGCCAAUUGCGAUGCAUGCAAGAAGGAGGAAGCAGAAAGACUUUCCCGUCUGUCUACCCAGAGUGAGGCCAGCCCGCUGCAUGAGAAAUCCCCCGAGGCCGUCUGGCAGGCCCCUACUCCAUCAUCAGUGACUACAUCCGAAACUCAGGUGGACCGUGAUGCCUCAUCGACUCCAAAGAUCCCGCCUGAAAUACCCGAAACGCGUCAGCCCUCAUCGCAGCCAAGUGAUGAAUUUACCGCACGGAUCAGCAUCGGGGGCAUGACGUGUGCAUCAUGCGUAAAUUCUGUUACCGCUGCUGUCCAGGAACUGGAGUUUAUUGGGGAUGUUACUGUCAACCUUCUUACAAAUAGUGCAACGCUGGUGUACUUUGGUCCCCGGGAGAAUAUUGACCUUGUCAUCGAAAAGAUUCAUGAUAUUGGCUUUGACGCUUUCUUGGACGAAGUCAACCCAGUCCCUAAAGCACCAAGCCUCGACAGAUCUUCGACAGGCUAUGUCAGUGAGAUUUCAAUUACCGGCAUGACUUGCGGCUCUUGUGUCGGGUCUGUGACUCGAGGGAUCGAAGAGCUUCCAUUCAUUAUAAGCGUCUCCGUGAAUCUGCUCUCACACAGCGGAAAUGUUGAGUUUAAAGGACGCGAGAACUUGGACAAGAUCGUGGAGAAGAUUGAGGACUUGGGAUAUGACGCUGCAGUCAUUAGUGUGCACCCCUUGGCUAAGAGCAAGGACCAGGCUGGCCCUGUCCAAAAGAGAACAGUCUCUAUUCAUGUCGAGGGGAUGUUUUGCCACCACUGUCCCGAGAAAGUCCUAGGUUCCUUGGACACUCUUCCAGAUGUCACUGUGGAGGAGUCUCUCUGCGAGAAGAAACCCAUAGUUAAAGUGUCCUAUACGCCCAGCCCGCCCACCUUGACUGUUCGCUCCAUACUUGCAACAGUCAACGGAGCCGACGGUGCUUUCACUGCAAGCAUUUACCACCCACCUAGCAUCGAAGACCGGUCUCGUGCGAUGCAAUUGUAUGAGCGCCGCCGACUUUUGGCUCGGCUGCUAUUCGUCUUUGCUUCAGCCAUCCCAACAUUCAUCGUUGGCAUUGUUUUCAUGUCUCUGGUCUCAUCGGACAACCCAAUUCGCAUGUAUCUGGACCAGACAAUCUGGUCUGGCAGCGUGACUCGCACGGAAUGGGCUCUCUUCAUCACAUCAACACCCGUCAUGUUCUAUGGCACCGAUGUGUUCCACACCCGAGCCAUAAAAGAGAUUCACGCACUGUGGCGCCCUGGGAGUCGAGUGCCAAUUUUGCGACGCUUUUACAGAUUCGGCAGCAUGAACCUCCUGAUUUCUGCAGGAACAUCGGUGGCUUAUUUCUCUUCCCUGGCGAUCCUCAUCGUUGAUGCUGUUGUGGGUACGAAAUCCAGUCCUCGUAGCACAACUUACUUUGAUUCGGUUGUCUUCUUGACCCUCUUUAUCCUCGCCGGGCGAUUCUUGGAGGCCUACAGCAAAGCCAAGACUGGAGAUGCAGUUACAUCGCUAGGCAAACUCAGACCCUCAGAGGCACUGCUCAUCGAGAGUCAGUCUACAAAUGCUGAGAGUGACGAGGGCAAUGAAGCCGAGUCAAUGAAACGCAUCAGUGUUGACCUCCUGGAGGUCGGCGACAUCGUCCGCAUCCCCCACGGCGCAUCACCUCCGGCGGAUGGCAUUGUGGUUGGAGAAGCAUCUUACCAGUUUGAUGAGAGCUCUUUGACCGGAGAGUCUCGCCCGGUCAAAAAAGUUGCUGAAGACCAAGUCUACACCGGAUCGGUCAAUGUCGGUCAUCCGGUGCACAUUCGGAUCACCGAGCUCGGAGGAUCGUCCAUGCUUGAUCGAAUCAUUACUGUUAUUCGUGAGGGCCAGAGCAAACGUGCACCUCUCGAGAGGAUCGCUGAUCUUCUCACCUCCCACUUCGUGCCUGUUAUCACCUUGAUUGCCAUUCUCACUUUCAUCAUCUGGCUUGCUCUCGGACAUUCUGGAGUGCUACCCGGCGACUACCUGGAUGUCGCCCAAGGUGGUUGGACCUUCUGGAGCUUGGAAUUCGCCAUCGCAGUGUUCGUUGUGGCUUGCCCCUGUGGAUUGGCACUGGCUGCUCCCACUGCGCUCUUUGUCGGAGGUGGGCUUGCAGCGAAGCACGGCAUUUUGGUCAAAGGUGGCGGUGAAGCAUUUCAAGAAGCCAGCCGCCUUGACGCCAUUGUCUUUGAUAAGACGGGUACAUUGACCGAGGGAGGAAGUCUUAAGGUCUCCGACCACGAGAUCUUGACAAAGGAUAACGAACUACAGAAGGUCGCAUGGGCACUAGCUCAAAAGCUAGAAGAGAGUAGCAACCACCCGAUAGCCCAGGCGAUCUCUGCCUUUUGUGCCUCGCAGCCACAAGUUGCUGUUAAUUCCUCUGAUAUCCAAGAGAUUUCUGGGCAGGGAAUGAAGGGAACAUUCACCGUGUCCUACGACAAGUCCGAACGGAAGGAACAGUACGAGGCUGCGAUUGGUAACGAGCGUCUUCUUCACAGCAUCCUACCAUCUGAAUCCGACACAUACUUCGUCUCCAACUUGCUGUCAAAGUUCCAGUCCGCAGGUAAAUCUACAGCGAUACUCUCAUUGCGACGUCUUGAUUGCCAGUCCUCCGAACCUACACCAUUCAUUCCUGCAGUUGUCUUCGCAACUUCGGAUACCAUUCGGCCUGAAGCUAUCGACAUCAUUGCUCAGCUCAACAAGCGCCAAGUUGAGGUGUUCAUGUGUACCGGCGAUAACCAGACAACCGCCCAUGCCGUGGCAGACAUGCUGGGCAUUCCACGUUCCAACGUGAUGGCCAACGUCUUGCCCGCAGAGAAAGCAAGCUUCGUGCGCCAGGUACAAGAUAGAUCAGUGAAGGAAUCACCCACAGGCGUCAACCCGCAAAACCGGAGCAAGACUCGCCCGAUCGUCGCCUUCGUCGGUGACGGCGUUAACGACUCCCCCGCUCUGGCCGCUGCAGAUGUAAGCAUCGCUAUGGCAUCCGGCUCUGACGUCGCCAUCAACUCCGCCAGUUUCAUCCUCCUCAAUUCGGAUCUGAGCACGAUUCUCCAAUUGGUUCUACUCAGUCGACGUGUAUUCAACCGUGUGCGAAUGAACUUUGGCUGGGCGGUGUUCUACAAUAUCUGCCUUGUCCCAGUUGCUGCUGGUGUUUUCUAUCCCAUUGUUAGUGGUCACUACGAGAAGACCGUUGGUCAAGAAACUGUCAUGGUCAAUGAGCACUGGAGGUUCAGUCCUGUUUGGGCGGCUUUGGCAAUGGCGCUGAGCAGUAUCUCGGUUGUGACGAGUAGUCUUAUGCUGAGAGUUGAAAUGAAGAGUAUCAAGAGGGUUUUCAGGAAGAAGAACCGGGUUUGA